AUGGCCUCUCUAAUGGCGACUCGACGCGCUCGAAGCCCAGCACUAAUCUCCUCCAUCUUCAACAAGGUACGCCCUCUCCACCCUUCUCACUCAUUUCACUGCACCACCGCCCUCCAAACCCUAACCAUUUCCAAAACCCUGAGCACCUCCGCCGCCCCAAAUUACUACCCAGGAGCUCCUCCACAGCAAAACCCACCCUCCGAUCCUAGUAAUUUCAACCCUAAUCAGUGGAGCCAGGGCUACGGAAACCCUAAUCCACAGACCCAGAGACCUGGUUAUAGCAAUUAUCAGGGUCAGAAUCAGUGGAAUCCUCAGGCUCAGAGUCAGGGCUAUCCUCAACAGCAAAACCCUAAUCCAUUUCCGAAUCAGAAUCAGGGCUAUCCACCGCGUGGGAACCCUAAUCAAUGGAGCCAAAACCCUAACCCGGUGAACUCUCCAAACCCCAAUUUUCAGCAACCACCCAGAAGCCCAAAUCAUUGGAAUGAAAAUCAGAAUCGAGGGUACCCCCAAUAUGGAAACCCUAAUCAGGUGAACCCUCCAAGCCCCAAUUUUCAGCAGCCCAGAAACCCAAAUCAGUGGAACAAUCAGAAUCAGAAUCGGGGGUACCCCCAAUCUGGAAACUCUAAUCAGUGGACUCCUCAGGCUCAGAGCCCUAACCAGUGGAACAACAACAAUAAGGUUCGGGCGGAGAAUGAAGCAGCUGUGGUUGUGCCGCCUUCAGUGGAUGAUUUGAGGCGGUUGUGUGAAGAGGGGAAGGUUAAAGAUGCUCUGAAGUUGAUGGGUGAAGACGGGGUUAAGGCUGAUGCUGAUUGCUUUCGUUAUCUGUUUAAGCUGUGUGGGGAUUCGAAGUCUUUUGAGAAUGCGAAGAAGGUUCAUGACUUCUUUUUGCAGUCUACAUCUAGGAGUAGUCGGGACUUGAGCCAUGAAGUAAUUGAGAUGUAUGGGAAGUGUGGGAGCAUGACUGAUGCGCGGAGAGUGUUUGAUCACCUGGUGGAGAAGAAUAUUGAUUCUUGGCAUUUGAUGAUCAACUGGUAUGCGGAGAAUGGAUUAGGAGAUGAUGGGUUGCAGAUGUUUGAGCUGAUGAGGGAGCAAGGGUUGAAGCCCAAUUCUGACACUUUUCUUGCAGUUUUUUCGGCUUGUGCUAGUGCAGAUGCUGUGGAAGAAGCAUUUAUACAUUUUUAUUCGAUGAAAGAAGAGUACGGCUUUGAUCCAGAGAAGGAGCACUAUUUGGGGAUUGUAGAUGUGCUUGGAAAAUGUGGUCAUCUACAUGAAGCAGUUGAUUAUAUUGAGAAACUCCCAUUUGAACCUACUGUGGAAGUUUGGGAGGCAUUGUGGAAUUAUGCUCGGAUCCAUGGAGAUAUUGAUCUUGAAGAUCAUGCUGAGGAGUUAAUGGUAGCUCUUGAUCCGUCAAAGGCUAUUACUGAUAAGAUCCCAACUCCACCACCAAAAAAGCGUACUGCUAUUAGCAUGCUUGACGGUAAAAACAGAAUCACUGAGUUCAAAAACCCCACAUUAUACAAGGAUGACGAAAAGUUAAAGGCUCUCAAUUCGAUGAGAGGAGGAGGUUAUGUACCAGACACAAGAUAUGUUCUUCAUGACAUUGACCAGGAGGCAAAGGAGCAAGCCUUGCUCUAUCACAGUGAGCGUUUGGCCAUCGCAUAUGGUCUGAUUAGUACACCAGCAAGGACACCACUUAGGAUCAUAAAAAACCUUCGUGUUUGUGGUGACUGUCACAAUGCCAUUAAGAUCAUGUCAAAGAUUGUUGGAAGGGAAUUAAUUGUUAGGGACAAUAAACGUUUUCAUCAUUUCAAGGAUGGCAAAUGCUCUUGUGGGGAUUAUUGGUGAGUCAAAUGUCACUUGAAGACUUGUCUAAAGAGGUUCUUGUCCCAGUUGCAGAGUGGUGUGUAAAAAGUAUGAACAAUGCCGAGCAAUAUAUGGGAUACUCUGAAGAUAGAUGAGCAUUGUUGUUCCUAGUUGGUAGGAGAUAAACUUUCCAUUUCUUGUUUUGGCAUAUAUAAUUGAGCUAUAUAUGUAAUGUCAGCUUGUUUUGACAUUGGAUCUAUUAUUUGUCAAAAUGCCAAAUCAUUUUAUCACAUCCUUUUUCAGCUU